AUGCUAAAAACAGCUCUAUUAGUAUAUGAAAAUAAUAAUGGCCAAGUUUCAAAAGAAGAAAGUAUUGCAUUAAAAUGGAAUAGCUGGUACUUUUUCCCAGAACAAUUAAUAGAUAUUUCUUUGGUAAAUGUCCAAGAUUUCCUGAAUUUAGAUAAGAAUCUUGUGAAUUCUCAAGUUAAUAAUGUUUAUGAAAAACUUAAAGAAAUUUCUUUAAAAAUGUGGAAAAUACCUAAUACUGGUUCAUAUUCAAUCACUGUUACAUAUGAUAUAGAUCCUGGGCAUUAUUUAAUAAUAAUACUUAAUGGAACUAAGGAUUAUAUGAACAUUUAUAAUAUGGUUGAAAAUGGAUUGGUUUCAAAACCAAUAAUUAUAAACCAACAGCCGACCAAAGAGCAAAGAAUUAUUCUUAAUUAUCCGAAAUCUAGUAGACCUUUUGGGUUUUCUGAUAUAAUUAAUGUUAAUUAUAGAAUACUCAUUGAAAAUGAUGAAAUUAAAGAUAAAAAAAACAAAGUUUCUAUUCAUAUUUACUCAGUUAAUCCAAAUGAACCUUCAUUAGUUGAACCCAAACAAUACUUUGAAACUAUUAAUAAUGAGAUUUCUAUACUUGGUCUUGGCUUAGAAAAAUGCCCAGCGUAUUAUAAAAUAACAGCAAAAAUGCUUGAAUAUCCUUUUCAUCAAGAUUCAAGUCAAUAUAUUUGGAUUUUACCAAAAAAUCCACCUUCACUGAGUCUUUCAAAUACUGACUUAUUUUCCAAAAAACAACUUUGCAUAAGACAAAACAAUAAAUUUGGCAUGUUUCCUACAAUAGUCGAAUUCGGUACCCUUCUGGUAAUAACUGUUAUUAAUAUUAUUGGUUUAAUCAUAUUGGGACUACUUAUUAAUCAACUUAAUAAAAGAAAGAAAAAAUUAAAUUUUAGAUAA